UAUCACUUCCGUGAUUGUUGAAAGAUGGUUGAUCAUCCGCAAAGUUACAGUCUUCCAGCACACCAAAACUGAACUUGGUGCCUGAUGGAUGUGAAGAAAAUAUUACAGACUAUAUCACAUUUUGAUGUCUGAUUGGGCCACACUGACAAACAUGAAUAUCCCCUUGGUUUUAUCAGGGUGUUAUUUUCUUCCGAUGGGAAUAUGGUGGCUGUUUCAAGCAACGAAGAAAUUCUUUUACUGCAAACAGAGGAGAAUAGAAUUUGUCAGUGCAAUUUCCUAUCCUUGUUGUCAGUCCUGCCAAAAAUGGCCUGUAGAGGGCACUGUAAAGUUAACCAGCUGUCUCAUCAUUAUGGUCUAUUGUUUCGCAUCAUCUACAGAUUUUGGCAGAGCUGGUAAAAUCACUAGCUACAGUGACCUGAGUCAUGGUACAGUAUUUGCAUUCUUUGUUAUUUGUAGUGCCAUAGAUCUGACCAAGUCUGUUUGUGGGAAACUAUUUUUGGAAGAUUUAGACUAUGCCGCACUAGCUCUGGCCUUUGGUGUUCAAGGCAUUCUGUAUGGAUUCCAUGUCCCAGAUCUCCAUGCAGAGGAAUGGACGGUCAAUUCUCUCAUGAUGAUGUCCGCAUUCAGCUGCUGCAUCGUUGUCAUCGUAGAGACGAGGAUGCGUACCCAGAUCUUUUGUCCUGUCCUGCGAGCGUUUGGUCUGAUGGUGCUAGGCACAUGGUUCCUGCAUUCUUCCCUAGUGCUGAUGGACCCACUCGCCAUACAGGACAAGGAAGAAACUCACAAAAUGGUUAUCUCCCUUUCUAUGUUUUAUUCGUGGCAUGUGGCGGUCAACUUCAUCCUUGUGGUCUGUGGCUGGAUUCUUACAUACAAGUGUAUGACACUGAACAAAUGCUGUUGUGUUCCCGUUGGAAUGGAAACUGGGGGAGAUGCCAUAUUUCUUGAGAACCGUAUUCGUUUUGACUACCAUAUGCUUGACCGACUUGAUUCAGAUAUAGAAUAAGGCAUUUUCAUGAACAUAAUGUUGGUGAGCUUUCCUGAGAUCAUUUCUCACAGGAAUCUUCACAUUAGAGAACAUCAGAAAUGUAAUUUUAACCAAAGAUAGUUUUCUAUAAGAAAUUAGUAGAUGAUGAAUAUUUUUACACAAUGGCCAGUCACAAGAACAUUUUUAAUGAGUACUUUCAGCAACUUGUUGGUAGAAGUAGAUCAACGUAAUAAGGGUGUAAAGUGAUUAAAUUCAAACACAUUAACACUUUACUUUUAAAAAUAUAUUCAAGUUCAUUCAUCCUGAUACACUUGGGAUAACAUUCACUUUCUAGAUCUGCAACCCUGGAAUGUGUCAAGGUAAGAAAACCUCACCAAUCACUCCAUGUAUAUUGAAGAUCAGAGAGGAAUGACAGCCAAGUUCAAAGCCGGUCAAUUUGAAUCUAAACAGCAACCUGGAGAUAUGUUUGAUGCACAUCAAAGUAUCAAAUUAGUCUUCUUCUUUUAUUAUUUGCAAGAUUGCAAUGUUUUAGCUUUCUAUUUUACAGUUAAUGAUUCCAGGUGUGUAGAGAUUGAGUUAAAGUAAACAUAACCCCAGGACUAUCAAUAUGAGUUACAUUGAGCUGUUGCUCUUGUUCUCUUGCUUCUUCCAUAUUUGACAAUAUAAAAACAUUCUUAUUAUAAAUCUGAAAAACAUACAUAUAAUUCAUAGGUUGUCUCCAAAAUAGAUUGUGUAGUUUGGCUGUCCAAGUGAUUAUCGCUGAUCUGUCAUGUCAUUUACAGAAUCUACCUAGUUCGGAGGUCUUUGUCUACCCUUAUAUGGGCAUAGAUUGUUAUAUUGACAUAGAACGAAACGUUCAACCCCAGAGUCCAACAUCCAGACCACUUAUAAAUGUAAGAACUUGUACGUGAUCUAGGGGUCAGACCCAGGGGUUUAAUAUUCCAUUACAGGAUAGCCACUGUGAGUUUACCAGGUAGUUUCCUGAUCCUAUUUAAUAGGUACACCUUCAGAUCCUUGUCCCAAACGGAAUAAGUGCAAUAUUUCAAAGUUGUCCAGCUGUCUUGCAUGAAAUCCAUGAAACUUUUAAACUUGAAUUUGAGCUUGAUGAAAGCUCACUAAAAUAUAUUUAAGAUAUAUAUAGGAACUUGUUAAAAUCAUACAUUUCUUUAUAAAACUGUACUUUUUUUUUUUAAUUUUGAUUUAUGCUGCAUGUACCUUAUACAUGUCUUUGUAAAUAGGCCUGAUUUUUCUUGGUAUAUGAAUUGCACUUUGUAUCAUUUAUGAUGUCAGUAUACAUGUUUAUCCUCAUUUUAUCUGACUUGAUCAUAUUUGCUAUGGUGGCAUGGUCUGGCCAUGUGGUCUCUAUGGCCAAUAGCAGUUACACAGCUUCUGAAGUAUUAUCAUGAUGACAUAUCUGUAGCAUAGACAGGUUACAUUGACCACAUAUUAUAGUAUAUUUUGAAUUUUUGCACCUUAGAAAUGAUGAGGAAAGGUCGCUGUAUGUCCCUCUGGCAGUCAUAGGGUGUUUUUAACAAAGACGGUGCACAAAGGCAGGUGUAUAAUGAAGCUGCACACCUACACGUAUGGCAAAAUUAAGGCCACCAUCGCUGUGUAACCUGUCUACAGCUUUGUACACGUAUAGAUAUUUUAUAGACUUUUAACACUGCCUGUUUUAAGCCAAAUUUUAUAUAAUAUUGUCAGUAUUAUGUUGUUGCCAAUUUUGUAUCUGCAUAAUGUAUGUUUUGUUAUUUUAUAAAUAUUGUAAGUUUACUGAUUUUGCAUAUUUUACUGAUGGGUUGAAAGUUCAUGUUUACAUGUGUAUUUAUUACGCUUCCUUUAUAAACAUAUGAAAUUUUUUUUUUUUUUUUUUUGACUGUCUCAAAUAAGAAAUCAGAAAUUUGCUGGACAUAAACAACAAGAGAAUUUCAAGUUGACGACAAAAUAUAGGAGACUUAAAAAGUUUCCAAUUUGCAGAAAUCACUGCAUAUGAGAUUCAUUGUAUCCCUGUUUGUAUAUAAACACAACAUAUAAUACCUUUAUAGUGGAAUGUUAACACAAACGAGGAGGACAACAAUGACUUGUGCCCUGACCGGGCCUCAUGAACCUACUACGACACCUACACAUCGCCUAGCCAGAAAUACCUGCAGCUUAUACCACUGCACAACAUCAAAGUUUUUAAUCUUGAUACAUUUAUUAUAGUUUAUGUAAUUGUGUAUAGUUUUUAAUUGCUUUAUCCAUAUUUUUUUUCAUGUGUGAAAUCUACAUCCCCAUCAUUUGCUCUUCCCCUUCUAAACUUUGAAAGUUAACUCCAGUUAUUUUAUAUGAUAAGUGUGAAUAUGUUAUGACCUACAUAUUUAUUUGCCUUUUUAUUCAUACAUAUACAUUUACAAUGUAAUCUCAAUAAAAAAUGUCGCAAUACAAAAUUUUAGAUAUAACUUCCUAUACAUGUGAUAGACGAUAAUCAAAUGAAUCCUGUGUCACAAUUAAAUGAAUCUCACGUCACAAAUCUGGUCGGGUGGCACACUGUGGCAAUACAUUCAUUGGCCAUUGGGAGUUUUAUUCCUGGAUAAGACAGGAAAAUAUAAGGGAUGACCUGCCCGACCACAUGGGUCUCCUUCCACAGUAAGACCCCUCGAUAUCUAGUGCGCUCGCUCUUCCAUCAGGACCAACAAAAGUUAUCUAUAUAAGCUGAUAUAGUUUGUUUAUCAAUUGUUGUAAAAUCAAGUUUACAAAUCUUGUCUCAUUAAAAAUUCUCAUUAAUAGUCCUGUGACCUUUUAUGUCUUUAAAGUAAAGUAAGAUUAUCUUUGUAAUAGAUUUACUGGUGAAUCGGGUACGUUUUGAUAUGUUAUGUUUUGUACUUGUGAAGAAAUCCAAAUCUAUGCCCUGAACACAUAAUCAUGAUUUAGAUGUUUGCUAUUUUUAUUACAAAAAAAAAAUAUACAAAAAUACGAAGUGUAUAUGAUUUGUACUUGUUUGCCCCUUAUGAGCUUGGAGAAUAGAGCUGAUUCAAUUUCUUUGUAGUUUUGUUUUUGUUUGAAUAUUUUGGUCAAUCUUGUGUUACCAAUAUGAUGUAGAAAGAAACAGUGCUGACUGGAGUAAAUAGAACGUUUAUACGUAUACCCUGGUAUAGUACAGGAACAUUCAAUUACUUCAUAUCGGCACAUAUUACAACACAUGCCAGUUGGUUGUAAAGAUUUAGGUAAAUAUAUGAUUUUUAUAUCAAUUCAAACAAAUAUGUUUUACAUGUAGAGGGGAGGUAUAUUUUAUGUAUCUUAACCAUAAGAUUCAUGCUUUUAUUGAAAGUUCAUCAAAUUAUUGAAAAGUCAUUGAUAUGAAAAAUUCAUUAACAUUGAAAAUAUAUACCAUUGUAUAUUAAAAUUUGCUGGUUCUCAAUGUCCAGUAAGUAUAUUUUAAAAAAUGACUUAAGGAACACUUGUUGGUAAAGCAUAAUCACUUUCAUUUCCCAUUUCCAUGACGUCAUUAUAGACAAGAAAUCAUUGAUGAUGUAAUAGGCGUGUAGGCAGCCACGUAUGGUUACAGAGAUGCCUACUAAGAUGUAAAGCAUCUGAAGAUUUUAAGAUGAAAGUGCUUAUGAUAUACUAACAAGUGAUUCUUAAGUUAAUAGUUUUGUAUAAUAUACCAGUUAAAGUUCAUAUUCAAUACUGUCAUUAAAAGUUCUUAAAUACUGACAGUUUAUCAAAAUCCUGCAUAAAAUCACUAUCUUCAAGAUCCGUUUUACAUUUUAAUAUGUUGAAAACUUACCCAAAAUGUAAUUUUUACAUUUAUUGUAGUCAAAAACUUGCCUGAAUUGUAGUUAUGUUCUGUUAAAGGAUAAUGAAAUCCAUAUACUUGUUUAUGUUUGUGCCAAUGUUUUCCAAGUGAGAUUAUCUUAAGAUUGUUUGUUGGGUUUAUUGUCCCGUGAUCAUGAUAGCCAGGCUCAUUUUGAAGUGGGAUCUCUUUGUAGUAGCUGGUAGCUACCUAACAGAACAACAUCCAGGAGGCCUGUCACAUGCCCUCCGGAGCAAUCAAGUUAAAGUGUCUUGCCCAAGACACAACCACGACAGCAGGGACAAGUCCGUUUCUCAGCUUUCUGAGAAAAAAAUAACUGCCACUAGGAGGGACUGUCGAACCACUCACCUAGGAUCUUCACCAAGGAUUCAUAUAGACAAUGUUUAACCACAUAAGCUAUUGCGACCCCUUACUAUCUUGACAGACCCUUGUUUUAUACUGUAGACAAGUUACUAGAGAAUGAAAUUUAAUUGAUUGAAGUUAAGUUUAACCUUAAGUAAAUAGAUUUUUUUUUCAAAAGAUUUAAAAGAAUUUAAAUUCUCAACAUAGUGUUAAAUUUUAUAAUUUGCUGUCUGUGAUAUUACAUUUAUAGUAAAGAUCAACUUAUUACAAUUUUGGAUGAAUUGUUAUUCUAAAUGCACACCUGCAAGCACAUGUAUGACAUGUUGAUAAAUUUUACAGCCGACAUUCAUGAUCAAUUCAUGAAUUUCAAAUGAAUGCAUUUCAGUGCUUGCACGUCAUACUACAGAUAUCUGUGAGGUAUUUUUAUACUUUAAAAUGAUUUCAAAAGAUUAAUAUCGCAGAAAUUAUUUAUCAAAAUUCAACAUUAAUUCAAAUUAAUUGUUUUAAAUAAUUUAAAGGACUGUCAUUUGUAACAAAUGUUUCAUUAUAAAUUCAUGAUUGGAAUCAGCAUAUAUGGCAUUCAUUGUAAUAUGAAGGAAUAUCAUGUGGGUUUAUGGUUGUAGUACCAAAAUAUUAUAGUAAGCACAACUAUUAAUGUCUCAUACAUGCUAUAUGAAUGUACAAUGUAAUAAUAUAUAUUUCACCCCAAAAUAAAUUGUUCCUUUGUUGAUAAUGAUC